UUUAAAGGUAAAAUAAGGCCAUGAUUAGUAAGAAGGAGAAAGCUGAACCUCACAAGCAGGCUAAGAAGCCUAAACGUAUGUGGGCAGGCAAGGCACCAGAGAAUAUCGUUACUAAAGACCAAUCUAGCAAACCUAAAGAGAAGGAGCAAAAGUUGAUAUAUAAGGGAUAUAGCGGUGAUGCAGCUAUUAUUAUCGACACUUCAGCAGGAAAGAUUGAUUUAAAAAAGUCUAAAGAGGAAAAAGAACCUAAAAUCCAGCCAGCUUCUGAGAAAGCCACUGAGAGACUAGAGCAGCUCAAAAAUGAGAGACAAAAUCAACAAGAUUUAGGUAGAGAAAUCGGUGAAUCAGCGAUUAUUCAGGAUGACUCUGACGACAGCUCAGAUGAUGAAAAACAGAGGGAACCACAAAAGACCAAGAUAAUUAACGAUGAAGUUGAGUCAGAUGAUGAAGGUCUCUUUGGAGAUGUCGAAGAAGAAGCUAAACCCCAAGAAAAUGCUACUCUUAAAUUUGAAGAAAUCAAACUUCCAGAGCCUAAACCUGUAGAAGUCAAGGAAAAAUCUGACUCUGACGAUGAAUCAGAGGAGGAAGAAGAGGAAGAGUCUGAAGAAGAGGUCGAAGAAGAAGAGCCUGAGCCAAUCCAACCACUUCUCAAGCCCGUCUUUGUCAACAAGGAAGAGCGAGAAGUCACUAAAAAGGAAGGCAUCUUUGAAGGAGUGUAUAAAUCUGAAAAGCCAAGUGAGAAGCUUCAGCAGCAAACAAAGGAACUCAUCCAGAAAGCUAAAGAAGAGGAAGAAAAGAGUGAAGCAAGUGAGAACAAUGAUGAACUACCUGAUGACACAGAUCACCCUGAAGAUGAGCUCCAAGAAUACGAAAACUGGAAGGAAAGAGAGUUCAAACGAAUUAAAAGAGAACGAGAAGAAGCUGAAAAAGAAAUUAAAGAGCAAGAAGAAAUUGAGAGAAGAAGAACUCUCACUAAUGAACAACGAGAAGCAGAAAACAAAAAGCUAGGCUCUGAUAAAACCGAUCAUAAGGAAGGCAUGCAGUAUAACUUCAUGCAGAAGUAUUAUAAAUUAGGACCAUAUCAUAUGGACCUGGCUAAGAAGGGAGGCAAAUAUGCUGUCUUGAAUAGAGAUUAUAAUGCCCCACUUGCAUCUGAAAAGAGAGAUAUUAGUACACUUCCAAGAGUCAUGCAAUUGAGAAGGGGAGAAUUUGGUAAGAGAGGACAGUCGAAAUGGACUCACUUAACCAAUGAGGAUACUACAAACUUUGAUCCAGACUUCAAGAUCCCAGAGCAACUAUUUAACAAACAGCAGUCGAAGCUAGGAGGAUUCAAGGGAUCCAAUUCCUUCGGGAGGUCAAAUAAAAGGCAUAGGCUGAAUUAAUUUCAACAAUGACCAAUUUUAUA